CUUAAAUGCUUCAGUGAAGCGCUAAGUACAACAAACCAGUCCGAUUCGAAACCAUGAAAGCCGUUCUUGUGCGAACCGGUUCAGUCCCGGUCCUAUCUUCGUUUGUGUGCGGUUCACCGAGAGUGUCUCUCUCCGUUCACGACUCGAUUUCCGGUGAGAAAAGCCACGUUUCUUCUCCGAAGAUUGGUCUGCGUUUGGAGGUCAAUCGUCGGAGCGUUAUGCGAAGGGCUUUGUCGGAAACAGAUGUUGUCAGAUUGGAAAGUGAGGCUUCCGAUAAGUUCUCGAAGUUGAGCGGCAUCGGAUCGCUGUCUUUUCCGGGGAAAAUACCGGAGGAAGAGUAUGUAGAAAGCGAAGAUGAGGUGGUUUUUAGAGGAAUUGGAUCUUUGACUUUGACGGGGAGAGAUUUUGAUCGGAGGAAUUACAAAGAAGAUUGGCCUGCAAGUGCGAUUCCGGUUGAAGAACUAGGAUUUCCAGGCGUUGGAGGUGGUAAAAACCGGAAUUCUGGCGGUGGCGGCGAUAGUGAUUGUGAACUCGGAACCGGUGGUGGAAACUCCGAUCAGAGCAAGAUCGGUGCAUAUUAUCAGGAGCUGCUAAAGUCAAAUCCUACGAAUUCUCUGCUGCUUAGAAACUAUGGAAAAUACUUGCAUGAGGUGGAAAAAGAUACGGCUAAAGCGGAAGAGUACUACGGUAGAGCUAUAUUGGCGAGUCCUGGAGAUGGAGAAGUGCUAUCAUUAUAUGGAAAAUUGAUUUGGGAGACACAGAGAGACGAAGAUAGAGCCAAAUCAUACUUUGAUCAGGCUGUUCACGCCUCCCCUGAUGACUGUACGGUGUUGGGAUCGUACGCGCACUUCAUGUGGGAAGCAGAGGAAGAGGAAGAUGAAGAUGAAGAUGCGGAAGAAAUAGAGAGAAAGGGUGAACAGUCGGCGACCAUGGUUGGAGCUUUCUAGCGAGCUGUGCAAUUGACAAACUGUAAUGGUACUAACAGUUUUUUUGCAGAAGCAUAACUAGUGUAAAAAGAGGAAUAAUCUGACUCAACCCUCCUCCUGUAUGCUACUGGGAGGACUCUGCAUGACGAGGAAUAAGAGAGAUAAAUUAUGUAUUUGUGUGUGUGUGUGUGUUUCUUUUGCCUUUGAUUUGAUUUGAUGUAUGUACUGUGUAAUAAGUGAUCUCUUCAAUCUUUAUAAUCA